GGGCAUGUUCUUUUUCAAGAUUUUUACUAAGUUGUUUUAUUAUCUUUUUUUAAACAUCACCAAGAUUUUCUCCAAUCUCAAUUCCACCAUCUCUCCUUCUGAAAUACUCCAAAUAAUUUAGAAAAUGCAACAGAUCAAAUCCUGAUGAGGAGAUUUCAGAAAAUUCACAAUCAUUUCUGCACAGAGAAGCACACAGUUCGGUGGACACUGGGGAAGGGGUGUAUCCAUUGUUCUGUAGAGCAUUGCAAUGAAGAGAGAGACAAGGCAAUAAGAAAAGGGGAGGUCCUAGAGCCAUACAGGGUCACAUCAUGUAGAGUACCAGAACAGAUGUCAACUGAAAGCUUUUUCACUCACUAUCCUGCCUCAGUUAUAGAUAGAUCCAGGAUAGACUGAGAAAAGAUCUGUCCUCAAGGGUGAAGGGAUAAGGGUAUUCAGGAGUAAGAAGUGGUGGAGUGUAAGGCUGAUUUUCAUAAUCUAGUGCUAAUAGUGUGGUUUAGACCCUACAAGAAGAGUAGUGUCUCAGUUCCAGACCAGCCUGAAACAUGUAAGGAAUAACUAUGGUAGGAAUACCAGACCAAAAAGAAGCUUUACUUAUGUCCAAGUAAGAAUUCUCUAAAAAUUAGAAUGGAUCAAAUAGAAGUCAAUGAUCCCAUGAGAAAACAAAAAAAAAAAUUCAAAACAAAGUUAAGAGACUAAAAAGAAAAUGUAAAACAUCUUAUAGCAAAACAACUGAGCUAGAAAAUAAAUCAAGGAGAAAAUUUUAAAAAAAACUCUUAGACUGUUUGAAUGCAAUGACAAAACAAAACAAAAAAAAGGAAACUAAACACAAUAUUUCAAGAAAUUUUAAAAGAAAAUUAUUCAUAUAUUUUAGAAUUUAAAGGCAAAGUGGAAGUAGAAAGCAUCUACCAAUCAUUUCCUAAAAGAAACCCCCAAAUAAAAAUGUCAAGAAGCAUUAUAGGUAAAAUCUAGUACUUCUAACCAAAUUAAAAAAUUCCAAGCAGUCAUAAAUAAUUUAAGAAUGAGUAGCCAUGUCAACAUCACACACAAGUUAGCAGUCACUUGUAUUAAAGAAGGAGAGGCCUUAGAAUAUGAUGUUCCAGAAAGGCAAAGGAUAUAAGUUUACUGCCAGGGAUAACUUACUAGUAAAACAAUAUAAUCCUUUUUGGGGAGAUUAUUUGUUCAUUCAUUUUUAGUUGUGCCUGAUUCUUUGUGACCCCAUUUUUAUUAUUUUUUUUGCUAGAAUAUUGGACUCGUUUGCCAUUUCAUUCUUUAGCUCAUUUUAUAAUUGAGGAAAUGAAGCAACAGGGUUAAGUAAUUUGCCCAGGAUUGCACAGCUAAUAGGUGUAUUGAAAAUGCCUUCCUCUUUCCAAGUACAGUGCUCUAUCCACUAUAUCAUAUAGCUGAUGAAUCUAUAAUUCAUCAUAUAAUUGCUGAUGAAAAUUCGAGAGCCUCAUAGAAACUUUCAAAUUUAAAUACAGGAGUUAAGAAAAACAUAAACAGAUAUAUACAUAUGAAUAAUAAGGGACUAAACAAGAACAAAGUACUUACAAUCUUAUAUGGAAACAUACAUGUUUCCCUAUCAUUGUCUGGAAUGAUAGAGAAAGAUUAAAUAGAAGGGCUGAGAAUGGUUAUGAUAUAGCUUAAUGUUCUUAAGAGAAGAGUAGGAAAAGAGGAGAAAAGAACAAUAUAGAGAUUGGGAACAAAGGAAAAGAAAGGUUAGGGAAAUAUGGAGAUAGCUUUGAAAAACUUAGGCACUUGGCAAAAUGUUUGUGGCAGCCCUGUUUGUAGUGGCUAGAAGCUGGAAAAUGAAAGGAUGCCCAUCAAUUGGAGAAUGGUUGAAUAAAUUGUGGUAUAUGAAUGUUAUGGAAUAUUAUUGUUCUGUAAGAAAUGACCAGCAGGAUGAAUACAGAGAGGACUGGCGAGACUUACAUGAACUGAUGCUAAGUGAAACGAGCCAGAACCAGGAGAUCAUUAUAUACCUCAACAACGAUACUGUUUGAGGAUGUAUUCUAAUGGAAGUGGAUCUCUUCAAUAAAGAGAGCUUUAAUUGAUCAAAGAUGGACAGAAGCAGCUACACCCAAAGAAAGAACACUGGGAAAUGAAUAUAAACUGUUUGCAUUUUUGUUUUUCUUCCCAGGUUAUUUAUACCUUCUGAAUUCAAUUCUCCCUGUGCAACAAGAAAACUGUUUGGUUCUGCACACAUAUAUUGUAUCUAGGAUAUACUGUAACCUAUUCAACAUGUAAAGGACUGCUUGCCAUCUGGGGGAGGGAGUGGAGGGAGAAAGGGGAAAAAUCGGAACAGAAGUGAAUGCAAGGGAUAAUGCUGUUAAAAAAUUACCCUGGCAUGGGUUCUAUCAAUAAAAAGUUAUUUAAAAUAAAUAAAUAAAUGAAUAAAUAAAUUUAAAAAAAGAAAGAAAGAAAGAAAAACUUAGGCACUUGGGACAGCUGGAUGGUGCAGUGGAUAGAAGAUCAGUCCUGGAGUCAGGAGGACCUCACUCAAAUUUGGCCUCAGCUACUUGAUGCUAACGGUGUGACGCCAGACAAGUCAUUUAAUAUUGAUUGUCUUACCAUACACACAAAAAAAAGACUUAGGAACUUGAAUCAAUGUAAUAAUCAACCACAAUUCUAAAUGACAAAUAUUUAAAUAUGUUACCCCACCUCCAGAGAUAGAUGAAGUACUCAGUACAGAUUGAUACACACAUACAUUUUACACAUAUUUUUCUUUAGGUAUAAGCAAUGUUGAAAUUUGUUUUGUUUGUUUAUACAUUCUCAAUUGGGCAGAGGUUAGGGAUGGUGUGGAAUGGGAGGAAAAGAGAAUUUUUGUUGAUUAAAAAUAAAAUCUUAUUAAAAAAACCCCAACAAUAUAAAAAUAAAAUCUUUCUCACUCACCUCCACUUUUUUUAGAUAUAUCCUGUGAAAUGCCUCAUGUUGAAAAUGGAAGGAUUGCUGAAUUUUACUAUACUUUUAAAAAUCAUUACUUUCCAAUGACCCUGGACAAAAAGCUUUCUUUUUUUUGCUUGGCUGGAUAUACAACUAAGACUGGGAAACAAGAAGAUAAAACUACAUGUACAUCAGAAGGAUGGUCUCCAAAGCCAGAGUGUUUCAAAAAAUGUAACAAACCAGUCUUGCAUAAUGGCUUCUUUUCUAAUCAGAAGAUGUUAUACAAAAUUCAAGAAACUCUUCAUUACAGAUGUACUUCAGGAUAUAAAACUACUGGAGGAAAGAAUGAAGAAGUGAUACAAUGUCUUUCCCAGGGAUGGUCUUCUCAACCAAGUUGUAACAAGGAACUUGAAACCUGCAUGGUCCCUGAGUUAUAUAAUGGGAAUUACUCCACCAUCCAGAAGAUCUUCAGAAUAAAAGAGAAACUGCAAUAUAUGUGUGAUGAUGGAUACUUUACUCCUGGGGGAAAGAGAUUUGAAGAGGCAGAAUGUCAUCCAUAUGGAUGGUCUCUCACUCCAAAAUGUACCAAAUUAACCUGCUCUCCUUUAAGAGUAAUAAAAAAUGGACACUUUGAUCCUGUGAAGAAAGCCUAUGAAGAGGGAGAUGUAGUUCAGUUUUUCUGCCUUAGCAAUUACUAUCUCAGUGGGUCAGAUUUAAUUCAAUGCUAUCAUUUUGGAUGGUACCCAGAACCUCCAGUGUGUGAAGAAAGAAGAAAUAGAUGUCCUCCGCCACCAUUGCCCCCAAAUGCCAAAAUGCAAACUCAUUCCAAUACCUUCCGGCAUGGAAAAGUAAUUCACAUAGAGUGUGAGCUUAACUUUCUAAUGGAAGGAUCAGAAGAAAUACGCUGUGAAAAUGGGAAAUGGACAGCGCCUCCAAAUUGCAUUGAAAUAAAGGAUAAAAUACAAUGUGGGGAACCACCUACCAUCAUGAAUGGUACAGCAAAUCUUCUUUCUAAGAUUUAUUACAAUGGGGAUAAAGUGACAUAUACUUGUGAAAAUGGCUACCAUCUGAAGGAAUCUGAUGAGAUAAUUUGUAAAAAUGGAAAAUGGACUCUACCUCCCAAAUGUGUUGAAAACAAUGAAAACUGCAAACCACCACCUGAGAUUGAACAUGGGAUUAUUGUUAAUGAAUUAUUGCCAAGCUAUGUAACAGGGUCCUCAGUGGAAUACAGAUGCAAUAUAUAUUACUUAUUGAGUGGAUCCCCAAAAUCGCAGUGUGUACAAGGAAAUUGGUCAACUCCACCUAUUUGCUUAGAGCCAUGCAUUAUUAAUGUUGAUCAUAUGAACAAUAAUAACAUAGAAAUGAAAUGGAAUACUGAAGGAGAGAGAUAUUUUUUACACGGUGAUAUUAUAGAUUUUAUAUGUAAACAGGGAUACAAUUUAUCACCAUCAACCAAGCCUUCUGAACUGAUAGUACAGUGUAACAGAGGAGAACUGAAAUAUCCAACAUGUGUUAGAAAAGAAUUUGAAGGAAAAUGUGGGUCUCCUCCAAUAAUUAGACAUGGCAUUGCUAUUGGCUCAUCACAAAAGAGUUAUGAAAAUGGUUCCUCAGUAGAAUACAGAUGUUUAGAUUAUCAUUUCCUGCAAGGAUCUAAGACAGUCUAUUGCUUGCAGGCACAGUGGACAACACCACCAUCAUGUUUAGAACCUUGCGUGUUAUCUUCAACUGAAAUGGAAAAUAAUAAUUUACAUUUGAAGUGGAGUUUUGACAACAGGCCUUAUUUUUUUCAUGGCGAGUACAUUGAGUUUCUCUGCAAAAGGAACAGUUUUCUAGCGGCAUCUUUUACAGAAUCUGAAUUGAGAGUGCAGUGCAACAGAGGACAAUUGAAAUAUCCUCAGUGCAUUGAAAGAGGAAGGAUUCAAUACAAUCAACAACCAUUAAGGAUAUGAAAAAAUGAUGGAAAGAAGAGGUAUAUUUGAGAGCAUCAUAAAAUGCAAUCUACUUAAAAAGAAUAAAAAUAUCACUUAAAACAAAUUAUUAAUUAGCUAUUUACAGCUUUCAAUCAAAAUGAUAUGUUCUGAACAUUUUCUCAUUGUUUAUAAAAAGUUUAUCAUAGAAACAUGAAAGGGAUCUUAAAGCACACUUAAUCUAUUCCCUUCAUUUUAAAAUGAAGAUUCAUUAGCUACUGAAAAUCUAUAUCUUUAGUGCACAGGGGAUACAAGUAGUACUGGGCAGCAGUUGUCAUGAAUUUUACUCAUGCAUACCUUUUGAAUGUAAAACACAACAGGGCAAACUGCUGUACUUUCACUAUGCAAACACAUGCCUAUCUCUCACAUGCAUAUUAUGCACAUUUGUACAGGUAAGCCUUUCUUCAUUUGAUAUUCAAAAAUUUUGAACUUCAUAUUUAUUACAGAAUUGAAAUAAAGACUAAAUGGUGUUUUGCUUAUUCUGGAAAGAUAAAGCUCUGUCAAUAAUAUAAUCCUAGAAUUUAUCUAGAGUUUGUAACAAUAUCUUUCUUCUAAUUGAUCGGAUACUCUUGCAUAAAGCUCAACAAAAACUGACUCCAAAAAAUAUAAACGGAAAAGAAAUGAGGCAAGACAGCUAUGUGUGUUUUUCCAAAUGAAAUAUGAGAAGGAUCUAAAAUUAGCAAUAGUGCCACAAUGAAUGAUGCAAAUUUUAUUGUCUACUUUUGUGGGGUUCUGUUUUACUUUGUUUUAUUGCCUUUCAUUUUUUUUUACCAUAAUAUAGAGUUCUUCAGAUAUUAUUUCUACCAAUGAAGAUUUUUCAAUUAAAAAAAGAGA